GAAGGCGCUAUGGACCUGGCAGCGGCGGGGGAGGCCGGCUUGGCAGCGGCGGCCGCGCUUAAGCAGAUCCGCGAUGAGGUGGCCGAGAAGUGCCAGAAGCUGUUUCAGGACUUCCUCGAAGAAUUCCAGAACAGCGAUGGAGAAGUUAAAUACUUGCGAGAUGCAGAGGAGUUGAUUCGCCCAGAGAGAAACACAUUAAUUGUAAGCUUUGUAGAUCUGGAGCGGUUUAAUCAGCAGCUUUCUACCACAAUCCAAGAAGAGUUCUAUAGAGUCUAUCCUUUCUUGUGUCGAGCUGUAAAAACCUUUGCCAAAGAUCAUGGAAACGUUCCUCCCAACAAGGAUUUCUAUGUUGCUUUCCAAGACCUACCUACGAGGCACAAAAUUCGAGAAAUGACCUCAGCUCGAAUUGGAUCGCUCAUGCGUAUUAGUGGGCAGGUGGUCCGGACUCACCCAGUUCACCCAGAGCUUGUAAGUGGAACCUUCCUGUGCCUGGAUUGCCAAACGGUGAUAAAAGAUGUGGAGCAGCAGUUCAAGUACACACAACCCAACAUCUGCAGAAACCCGGUCUGUGCCAAUAGGAAACGGUUUCUCCUGGACACCAAUAAAUCCCGAUUUGUUGACUUUCAAAAGGUUCGUAUUCAGGAAACGCAGGCUGAGCUGCCUCGGGGGAGCAUUCCUCGCAGCGUUGAAGUGGUCUUGCGUGCUGAAGCUGUAGAAUCAGCACAGGCUGGUGACAAGUGUGACUUCACAGGAUCCCUCAUUGUUGUGCCAGAUGUAGCCCAGCUGUCCACCCCAGGUAUACGGGCAGAAACUGGCUCUCGGGUAACUGGGAAAGAAGGAUAUGAAACCGAAGGUAUCAGAGGACUUCGUGCACUUGGGGUCAGAGAGUUGUCCUAUAAAUUGGUCUUUCUAGCAUGUUACGUUGCACCAACAAACCCAAGGUUUGGUGGCAAAGAGCUCCGAGAUGAAGAACAGACUGCAGAAAGCAUUAAAAACCAGAUGUCUGUAAAGGAGUGGGAAAAAGUAUUUGAAAUGAGCCAAGAUAAAAACCUUUAUCACAACCUUUGUACCAGCCUCUUUCCUACUAUUCAUGGUAAUGAUGAAGUGAAGCGAGGGAUUCUACUCAUGCUGUUCGGUGGAGUACCCAAGACAACCGCAGAGGGCACUUCAUUGCGUGGCGACAUCAACGUUUGUAUUGUUGGCGAUCCAAGUACUGCCAAGAGUCAGUUUCUUAAGCACGUGGAGGAAUUCAGCCCCCGAGCUGUAUACACCAGCGGAAAGGCCUCCAGUGCUGCCGGCUUAACAGCCGCUGUUGUGAAAGAUGAAGAGUCAUAUGAAUUCGUCAUUGAAGCUGGAGCUCUGAUGUUGGCAGAUAAUGGAGUGUGUUGCAUUGAUGAAUUUGAUAAAAUGGACAUGAGGGAUCAAGUUGCCAUUCACGAAGCGAUGGAACAACAGACUAUAUCCAUUACCAAAGCGGGAGUUAAGGCUACGUUGAAUGCCAGAACCUCCAUUUUGGCAGCAGCUAACCCAGUUGGUGGACAUUAUGACAGAGCAAAGUCUUUGAAACAGAACAUAAACCUAUCAGCCCCCAUCAUGUCUAGAUUCGAUCUCUUCUUUAUACUCGUGGAUGAAUGCAACGAGGUUACAGAUUAUGCCAUUGCAAGGCGCAUUGUGGAUCUUCAUUCUAGGAUAGAGGAAUCAAUUGAUCGUAUUUAUACACUGGAUGAUAUCCGAAGGUACCUUCUCUUUGCCAGGCAAUUUAAACCAAAGAUUUCUAAAGAGUCAGAGGAUUUUAUAGUUGUACAAUAUAAGCGCCUUCGCCAGAGGGAUGGCUCUGGUGUUACAAAAUCUUCGUGGAGAAUCACAGUACGGCAGCUGGAAAGCAUGAUUCGACUGUCGGAAGCAAUGGCACGGAUGCAUUGCUGUGAUGAGGUUCAUCCAAAACACGUGAAGGAAGCCUUCAGGUUAUUAAACAAAUCUAUCAUCCGAGUUGAAACUCCAGAUAUCAAUUUAGACCAAAAUGAAGAACAACCCAUGGAAGAGUCUGAGGCCCCAGACGGAGUCGCUGGAAAUGGGGAGACUGUCGCUGUGAACGGCAUGGUGAAUGGCAUCAAUGACCACGCAGAUGAUUCGGGCAAAGAUUCAGUACCAAAGGCUUCCUUAAGGCUUAGUUUCCCUGAAUAUCGCAGAAUCUCUAAUCUCAUUGUGAUGCAUCUGAGAAAAGCAGAAGAAGAAGAUGACGAUGCCUCCUUGAAAAAGAGUGAGAUUAUCAACUGGUACUUAAAGGAAAUUGAAUCAUCAAUAGAUUCUGAAGAAGAACUCAUCAAUAAAAAGAAAACAAUCGAGAAAGUUAUCCAUCGUCUUACACACUAUGACCACAUUCUAAUUGAGCUCACCCAGACAGGAUUGAAAGACUCAGCGGAAGGACAGAGCUUUGAUGAAGACCCUUAUCUCGUCGUUAAUCCUAACUAUUUGCUCGAAGAUUAGGGAUUAUGAAGCAGUGUUACAGGAUCAACAUAUCCAUUUCCUGCUAGAACCCAUUGCUUACGGUCUGAUAACAGCAUCUCCAUUGUAUGUAGUGGUUAACCUAAAGAGCUUUGUCACAGAAUUCACCCACCUUGUCUUUGUAAUAAUCUUUUUUUUAUAUAGAUAAGAGUCUAUAUUCUUCUCAAAGGAGUCAUGCGACCUGAUAAGGGAGUUGUUUAAAAAGAAGCUGACUUAAUCUUAAUACUUCGUCUGUAUUUUACUUCGAGAACUCGUUACAGUUUCAAUACUGUGAUCUUAUGCUGUAGAUUGGAAGGGGGGGCAGCACCUGCCUUAUUUGUGUUAAAUAAAUAAAGCCUUGUCUGUAUAUGU